AAAAAUUGAAAACCUCUUUAUUCAAGUCCGCAACAACUCCAGAUCACACACUAAUCCAAAUUCGUCACCACAAACGUCACUUUUCCCCUAAUAACCCUUAUUUAAAGCUGUGUCCUCGCAAUGUAACGCAUUAAACUCCAAAAUCAUAAGUAUCACUUCAUCACUAGCUCCAAAGCCAAACCCCACUCUCAAACAAGCCUCACCCUCCUUUACGCGCCGCUGCAACUUCCAAGAAAACUAUGACACAACCGCCGCGCUUCCUCCUCGUAACCUAUCCCGCGCAGGGCCACAUAAACCCUUGUCUACAAUUCGCCAAGCGCCUAGUUGGGGCGGGCGCCGACGUCACCUUCGUCACCACCUACUUCGCCCACCGCCACAUGACCAAAAGCAGAGGAGACACAACCGCCGCCGCCAACCGAAACGGCGUAGUGUCAAUAUCCUACGUGCCGUUCUCCGAUGGACACGACGACGGGUUUAAGCCGGGGGACAGCGUUGACCACUACCUGAACGAAAUCCGCCGCCGCGGAUCGCAGGCCAUCUCCGACCUCGUCAUCUCCGCUGCCAAAGAGGGACACCCUUACACCUGUCUGGUCUACUCCCUCCUCCUUCCGUGGGCCGCGCUGACAGCAGAGGAGCUCUGUCUGCCGUCCGUCCUCCUAUGGAUUCAGCCGGCCACGGUUUUCGACAUCUAUUACUACUACUUCCACGGCUACGAAGACAUCAUCAUAGAAAACAGUACUAAAGACCCUUCAACUGACCAUAACUCAUCAACGACACUACCGGGGCUUUCGUUGACGUUAACCCGCCGCGAUCUUCCGUCGUUUAUGGACGCCGCUAAUACUUACUCCUUCGCUAUUCCCUUGUUCAAAGAACAGCUUGAAGUACUUGACAAGAUUAAAAAUCCCAAGAUACUAGUGAACACAUUUGAUCAGUUGGAGCUGGAGGCGUUGAAAGCGAUUGAGAAGCUGAACUUGAUCGCAAUCGGACCCUUGAUUCCGUCGGCUUUCUUGGACGAGAAAGACCCUUCUGAUACUUCCUUCGGAGGUGAUCUUUUCCAUGUUGAUAAUCAGAACUACAUUGAGUGGUUGAACUCCAAACCAAAAGGGUCGAUCAUUUACGUGUCGUUUGGGAGCAUGGUGGAGUUAUCAAGGCCUCAAAUGGAGGAGAUCGCAAAAGGGUUGUUGGAUUGUGGACGUCCCUUCUUGUGGGUCAUAAGAGAGAAGGCUAAGAAGAAAGAGAGUGAAAAGAAAAACGAGGAAAGAGAAGAAGAAGAAGAGAAACUAAGUUGUCACGAGGAAUUGUCAAAGCUAGGGAUGAUAGUGCCAUGGUGUCGCCAAGUCGAAGUUUUGUCGAGCGCUUCUUUGGGGUGUUUUGUGACGCAUUGCGGGUGGAAUUCUACGUUGGAGAGCUUGGUUUGUGGAGUUCCGGUCGUCGCGUUUCCGCAGUGGACGGACCAAGGGACGAACGCCAAGUUGAUAGAAGACAUGUGGAAGACUGGUGUGAGAGUGAAGCCUAACGAGAAGGGAAUAGUUGAAAGUCAAGACAUAAAGAGGUGUUUGGAUUUGGUAAUGGAAGGAGAGGAAUUGAGAAGGAAUGCCGUGAGAUGGAGGGAUUUGGCGAGAGAAGCUGCGAAGGAAGGUGGGUCUUCUGAUAAGAAUCUCAAGGCUUUUGUGGCUGAGAUGAUUGGUGAAGGUGAUCAUGAUCAUGGUUUCUUGGACUAGAAUAGCCAAGCCUUUCUGGUGCCAUGUAAAAGCUAUUUUUGUGUUUUUCUCAUUCUUUGCUAGCUAAGCCUUCGCUAGCUGUCUUUGUCUCCGAACUAGCCUAACCUAGUGCCUAAAUCUCUGCCAUGUGACUUCAAGCAACUAAAAAGCUAAGAGAAAUUGUUUCGACGAAUGGAAAGGCAGUUCUAUUCAUUAUCAUGAAUGUUGAGUACGCGCAUUUGUCUCAAUUUAUAGCCUGUACGCCCUAUUUAUCCUUACAGGAAUUUUACACUCAUUAAAU